GGAAACGUUGUCAGAUGGGAAUAACGCACGUGUCUGAGGGAAGUGUAGAAAGAACAUGAACGCUGAACCCCGGCGGGCAGAAAGGCCUGAGAGAGGACACACAGGCGUUCAUGUUGACAUUUUCUGUGCAGUUUCUUGCCAGUAACUGACACUCAGACGACGGGACUCUUCUCGGGUGCUUAGAGGCGCGUGGAGCAGGACAACGCUUAGACCGUGAAGUGACCGAGAGGAAGAGCAACACACAGGGCGACCGAAGAAAGUUCUCGGUCUCUGUUCCGGGGCCUGCGUGUGUUGUCUGUUUUUGUACUCGCUCGUCGCCAUAGCAGCUUAUUAACUUACUUUAUUACUAGCUAAACAUUAAAGGACCUGUGAGGGUACAUUUGGACGUCAUGGCGGACUACCUGAUCAGCGGGCAGACCGGUUACGUUCCCGAGGAUGGGCUGUCAGGACAGCAGCUGUUCAACGGAGGAGACGGACUCACAUACAACGACUUCCUGAUUCUGCCAGGCUACAUCGACUUCACAGCAGAACAAGUGGAUCUGACCUCAGCACUUACCAAAAAAAUCACCAUGAAAACUCCCUUCGUCUCCUCUCCCAUGGACACCGUCUCAGAGGCCAGCAUGGCAAUAGCUAUGGCACUAACAGGUGGCAUCGGCUUCAUCCACCACAACUGCACUCCAGAAUUCCAGGCCAAUGAAGUUCGCAAAGUCAAGCGUUAUGAGCAGGGCUUCAUCACAGACCCAGUGGUGAUGAGCCCCAACGAGCGUGUUCGGGACGUCUUCCAGGCCAAGGCUCGCCACGGCUUUUGUGGAAUCCCCAUCACUGACAACGGCAAAAUGGGCGGCAAGCUGGUGGGCAUUAUCUCUUCCAGAGACAUUGACUUCCUGAAAGAGGAGGACCACAACCUGCCACUGAGCGAGGUGAUGACGAAGCGAGAGGAUCUCGUGGUCGCCCCUGCUGGAGUGACACUGAAGGAAGCUAAUGAAAUCCUCCAGAGGAGUAAGAAAGGAAAGCUGCCGAUAGUGAAUGAAGAGGGCUCCCUGGUGUCCAUCAUCGCCCGCACAGACUUGAAGAAGAACAGAGACUUCCCUCUGGCCUCCAAAGACUCGCGCAAACAGCUGCUAUGUGGCGCUGCCAUCGGCACCCACAACGACGACAAGUACCGAUUGGACCUGUUGGUGCAGAGCGGUGUGGAUGUAAUUGUACUGGACUCGUCUCAGGGCAACUCAAUCUUCCAGAUCAACAUGAUCAAAUAUAUCAAAGAAAAGUAUCCAGAUCUACAGGUCAUCGGAGGCAACGUGGUGACUGCAGCUCAGGCUAAGAACCUGAUAGAUGCAGGAGUGGACGGGCUGAGGGUGGGGAUGGGCAGUGGCUCCAUCUGCAUCACACAGGAAGCUCCCCCCACUGUACCACCAGCAAUAAAGCUCCACAGCCCCAAAACCCCAACCACUGUUACGGGAUACUCCAUGCUAGCGUGCGGCAGACCACAAGCCACAGCUGUCUAUAAAGUAUCAGAGUAUGCCAGACGUUUUGGCGUGCCGGUCAUCGCUGAUGGCGGCAUCCAGACUGUCGGGCACAUUGCCAAAGCCCUGGCUCUGGGAGCAUCCACAGUGAUGAUGGGCUCUCUGCUGGCUGCCACCAGUGAAGCUCCAGGGGAAUAUUUCUUCUCUGACGGCAUCAGGUUGAAAAAAUACCGCGGGAUGGGCUCCCUGGAUGCCAUGGACAAAAACCUGGGCUCCCAGACCCGGUACUUCAGUGAGUGUGAUAAGAUUAAAGUUGCUCAGGGUGUUUCUGGAGCGGUGCAGGACAAAGGCUCCAUCCACAAGUUUGUUCCAUACCUGCUGGCUGGCAUUCAGCACUCCUGCCAGGACAUCGGAGCGAAGAGUCUCACACAGCUCAGAGCCAUGAUGUACUCUGGAGAUCUGAAAUUUGAAAGGAGAACAAAUUCUGCUCAGGUGGAGGGUGGAGUCCACAGCCUGCACAGUUAUGAGAAGCGUCUGUUUUGAGAGGAAGCCAGCCAUUCAGCCAGCAUACGGAGAUUCCUUCCAACAGACACAUUAUGCAAAAACACUACUUGCCAGGCCCUCUUACAUUCAUACUCCACACAUACACACACCUGCCUAAGUUUCAUACAAAGUAGUCUUUAAAGGUAAGCUCUCACACACACACUGUACUCUUCCAAGGAUCCAUUAGUCUUCCUGCCAGUGUCAUCUAUGCAUUGUCUGUGUUUGUGUGUGAAGGAGGGGAACUAAGCCUUUAUCAAUCAGUGCACGUGUGAUUGAGUCCUCCAAUGCCUUUCAUGUUAUUAUUAAAAUAAAAUGUCUGGUGUGUCCAUGUUAAGGCAAAAAAAGUCGUCCAAUAAUAAAGCGUACUU